AAAUGCAAAUCGCAAUGUGUUAAUUCUUAAUAACAAUUUCAUUAAUUAUAAAUUUGAUAACUGAUGUACACCGAGAUUUUUAGAAUAAAUAUGCAUAAAUAUAAUGCAUUUUUUACAAAUAAUGCAAAAGUUUAGAAUCAGAAAAUUUUGAUUUUUGAUUUUGCAAUUAUUUUCGAGUGGCAACUUAAAAAAGUGAUUCCUUUUUACAUACACAAUGAAAUAAUAAGCAACCUCGAAAUAGUUAAUUUGUGUAAGCGCGGUUUUUCUAUAUUAAACAAAAUAUAAAGAAAAAAGUUUGGUGUGCGCAUAAAUGAUAAAUUGUUAAAAAAUGGCGAGUGCAAAUGCGAGUAGUACUCAAAAUGGUCACAACGAUUUUGCUAAUCCUCGCUUGGAGAAGCACAUGACAUUUGUAUGUCCCGAAUGCGGAGUAGAAUUCGAAUCACAACAGGAUUGGCGACGACAUUUAAACGAAGAACAUGAUUACAUUAAUAAAACUCCAGAAGAUUUUGAUUUCAAGGAAAUCAGUGAAAGCUUCCAUGAAUGUCAGGUAUGCCAUAAGUGGGUGGCUAACGCGAAUCAGGCUAUUGCAUUACUCCAGUAUCACCGUUUUCUACACUUGCCAUUUAAUCGCACAUAUCGUUGUCGGCAUUGCAAAGGAGGUUUCACACGUAAACGUGCAUUAUGCGAACAUCUUUAUCGCUUUCAUAGUCGACAAAUUAUAAUGGCAGACCAAAUAAGGAGUGCCGAUGGAGAAACCACCAGCAGUGCCAACUUUGCACAAACAGCUGAGCAGAAAAUAUUGCGCGAUCCACGUUUAAAUACAGAAUUCUAUUUACGUUUUAUAUGCCCACACUGCGGAAAGGUUAUAGAAAGAUUUGAACAAUGGCUGAAACAUUUGGACUUUCAUCAAUCUACCUCCACUGAUUUACGUAUGCAUCGUAUUUCCGGUUCCCGCAACCACUAUUGUUUACAAUGUCGUAAAUUGCUAUACACCAAUGAACAAUCAAAAUUACAACGGCAUCGCUUCACACAUCUUCCCUUCCGAUUAUAUUUUAAAUGCGCAUUUUGUAUGGUUAAGAAAUCAUUCAAAUCAGAAAUAUUUCGACAUUUCGUAUAUGCUCAUCCGCGUCAAUUUAACGAAGCCAAACCAUACAUUAAGAAACCAAUUGAAUGGGGAGCGAAAAUAAAUGAUCGUCUCAAUACUGAAUUAGAUGCAAUUUUGAGACGUUAUAAAUGUACCGACAGUUAUGAACAAGAGGAGGCAAGUGUGAAAAAUAGUCGUGGGCGACCGGUAAAGAAGCAAACCUAUGCCAGCGAGAAAGCUCGCCUUGCCGCUCUACACCAAACCUCCUCUUCGUCAACCACUGGUACAUUGCGAAGAAGUAAUGUACGAAUAAUUAAGGAUUUUGAUAUGGUACAACAAAAAUGUGGUACCACGCCCACAGGUUCAGUAACAGAAGAUGAUUUUGAAGAAUUGUGUGCCGAUGUUUUUGAAUCUAUUGAUGAUGACUUGAAAUCUAAUUUUAACAACAACAAAAAAACUGAUAAGGGAAUGGUUAAAAAUGAAAAUGUUAAACAGCAAAAUCCGACUGAUGAAGAGCAAGUCAUAAGCAUUGAAAUUAAUACAGUUGAUGGAAAUAACGAAAUAUGUAAGCAUAAGAAUUGUAUAUCGUCACCACCCCGAAAACGAUUAAAGUUGAGCGAAACUGAAACAAAACCAAAAAUUUCGAAGGAUCAAACAAGUGAGAAUAGUACUAAAAUAACAAAAUUGCCUCCAGUCAUUGAGACCAACAAAAAAGCUAUUUUGGAAGCAAAUAUUCAUUAUCUUUGUCCAGAAUGUGGUAACGAAUUUGAUGAGCAAACCAGCUGGCGGGAACACGUUUUUAAAGAGCAUAACAUUAAAAAUGCAAUCCAAACGUGUUUUCAAAUACUUGAAAAUAAACAGUCUUACAUGUGUCUCGACUGUAUGGAUGUCCAACAUACUACAAAGUUUGCUGAACUACAACGCCAUCGCUUCACGCAUAUGCCAUUCCAAGCAUAUCUUAAGUGCAAAAUGUGUUCCAAAACUAAAUCGAGUAAACCAAAAAUGUUGCAACACCUUCAAGAAUGUCAUGACAAUAAGAAAAAUUCGGUUCCAAAAAAUAAUGAAGCUACUUCACAAUUCUAUCCAUGCACAAUUUGUAACAAAUACUUCACAACAGAGGAGCGACGGCAGUUACAUCUGGCGCAGCCAUGUGGAGUGCGUGCAAAUGGAUUACUUACUAGAAUAUGUAGUAAUAACACCAACAAGAGCCCUACUAUUGCAAACAAUAUGAAAUUGCUCGUUCAUUUAAAAGAGGCGCGAGCACGUAUGAAACGUUUACUAACGCGUGAUUAAUUCUGAUUUUGGAUUCAAACAAUUCCAAACAAUUUUUUUUCUGAAUAUUGAAAUUUUGUUUUGUUUAAAAUUUUUAUAAUUAAAAAGAUACCUUAGGAUAUUCUUAGUUAAAGAAAUAAAUACAUAAUAUUGAUGUAUUACAUUUGUAUUGUUUUUGUAAAAUAUAACCGACAAAUAAGUUUAUCAAAUUAAAAACGUGCUUCUUGUGGUUUUUAUAUUAAGAAAAGUCGCGGCAGUAUUGAUUGAUUACAAUCAGAACUUUUAUUAAUUACAUUUAAACCUGUGUGUAUGCAUACCUAAAAUUUACGUAAGUAUACAUAUGUACAAAAGUUGCUCUUGACAGAUCACGGGUUCACAUUGUAAUUUACUACUUUGUGUUGAAUAAGUACACAAACAUUGCUUCUCAAAAAGCUUACCCACGUAAUGCAUAUAUUUUAUAGAAAACACACGCAAUUGUAACAAAGUAAAAUCGUGAACAAUUUGAUCACUUCAAUUGGAAUUUUUCAAUGAUUUAGCCUAAUAUUCCUAUACAUUUCACUAAAAAAAUAAUGCACUAUGCUUAAUAUCCCUAUAAAUGUAAAAAACAAUAAAUCCCAAAAGGAGUGUGUGUCAUAAAUGAACACUCGGAACAAUAUGAAUAAGUAAGAACAACGUAACUUAGUGAUUAUUAUGUUUAAGUACUAUUAUUGCUUCUCCUCCGUCCAUAACCCCAUAGACCAAACUAAACGACUUUCUGUAUCCACAUAGACUUCCUCGGAUGCAUAAGUGUUUGACGUGCUUACCAUAAAACCGAACUCCAGACCAGAUUGUGCUAAAGAUAGUGAGACGUUAUUUAAAUUUCAUCAUUUAAAACAGAAAACAUACUUAGAUUCCACUUUAAUCCUCUAGUAGUUACUUUUUCCGCUUUACUUCCAAUCGGCAUUAAUGCACACCAUUGUUGGCAGUCGACCAACGCUUUUGGGACUAUAACUUUAUGUUUGCCUGGCAAAAGUAACCAACUUAUAGAAGAACUACUCAAGAGAUAUAUGUUUAGAAUAUCG